GGGCCUCCCACAGCCUGUAUCCAAGGAGACCACGGACCUGUCACCACAGCUCAGGAUCGAGAGGCAAAGAACAGCGAGAUGUCGUUUUUAUUUGACUGGCUCUACAGGGGGCUGAGCAACGUUUUACAGUUCUUAGGUCUUUACAAGAAGAGUGGGAAGCUGGUGUUUCUGGGCCUGGACAAUGCUGGUAAAACAACACUGCUCCACAUGUUGAAAGAUGAUCGACUAGGUCAACACGUACCGACACUGCAUCCGACUUCUGAGGAGCUGACAAUCGGUGGGAUGACGUUUACCACGUUUGAUCUGGGAGGACACGUACAAGCACGGAGAGUGUGGAAGAACUACCUGCCCGCUAUAAACGGAGUGGUCUUCCUCGUGGACUGCGCGGACCACGACAGACUCCAAGAAUCCAAGACAGAACUGGACGCUCUGCUAGCGGAUGAAACCAUCACCAAUGUACCGGUAUUGGUGUUGGGUAAUAAAAUCGACCGUCCGGAGGCCGUCAGCGAAGGAGGACUUCGAGGAGCUUUUGCUCUCGAUGGUCAAGUCACAGGAAAGGGAAACGUGUCUUUGAAGGAGCUGAACAUUCGACCGAUGGAGAUUUUCAUGUGUAGCGUGUUGAAGAAACAAGGCUACGGCGAAGGCUUCCGAUGGUUAUCACAGUACAUCGACUGACCUGCACGGCCGAGGAGGAAUUCUCUCGACACGUUCGAACGACUUUGUCUCUUCGUCAACGUCGAUCAAAUCACAUUAUAAGGAGCAAAUUAUUUUAUUUAGCAUUAAUUCAGGGUUUAAAGGUUUCUAUGCAAACUUUUAAGAGUGGUUCAUGGUGAACUAUUAAUGUGAGAGUCGUCCAGCUGCAUGACAAGUUCAUUAGAUUACAUCGUACUCGAUAACAUCACAUGUGCAGCCGUACACUGUGCAGGAAUGUAGAUUAAUAGACAUCAGUGUUGCAUUAAUUAUUAUUUAACUGCUUGAGUUAGAAUUUAUUAAGAAGAGGAAUGAAGAUUACGGUGGUAUCUAGUUUAUAAUUUAUUAUAGUUUGCGGUUUAGAUUUUAAAACGGUUCCAGUUCCAAUGAUUUGAAGCCACCGCCCUCAAAGAAAAUGGCCACAGAUGUUUGCUAACGUCUUCAGCGUUACAACGGAGACAUCCAACUUCUCACUGAGGCAAAUUGACUCAAAUCCCCUUAAGAGUCCAACGAGCUGAAAGGACGACGUGACGUCCCACAGAGGCCGACACAGUGAAGUAAACAGAGUCAUGUUGAGCAGCCUGCUGAUGAGUGUGUUGUGAUUAAUAAGUGGCUCACUCUCAGUGUCCCGGUGGAAUUGGCUUGUUAAUCUUGGCUCCUGCAGUUUGAUUUCUCCCACGCGAAGGCAGCUAAGUUGAGGAGCGCUGGUUUGGACUGAGAGACGUCUCUUCUGAGGCUCACACAGACAUUCUCUGACUUUCAGCAGCUCUACGGAGGCAGUAAAUAAGAAUGACCAACCUGUACUGUUAGAACAUACACAGUUCUGAGUCUGUUUAUUAAAAUCUUUCCAUCCUUUCAAUUAGUGUUUGCUACUCCUGCAAUAAAACAGUGUCUCAUUCUGUAUCUCUGCGGAGUGUUGGUUAAAGUGGAUUAAAAUCCAAUAUGAAGCAGCAAUAUUAUAAAUAAGAGACUAAAGUAAAAGGGUUAUUUAUUUUUUAUGAUUAAGUCCUUUAUUCCAGAGCAAUAUAUGUUAUGUAAAGUAAAUGUAAUCAGCAUGUAAGCUGUACAAGGUUGAAAUCCUGCAGGUACAGACGCACUUUUUGACUAUCUAAGAAGAUAUGAGAGUGCACUUUGCAAACCUGUAAAGGAAUAUUCUUUAAUAAUUAUGUUUUCUUUGAGUAAACAUGCGGACGUGUUUACAAUGAUUUGUAUGACUUUGUAUGUUCGUUAUUAAAAAGUUGGAAGUAGAUAAGGAGGAAGAGAAGUGUGUGUGAUCAUUGUUUAAUGUUCUCCUGUAAAUUAUGUAUUAUACAGAUGUAAAUGUUUGUACUGUAAAUACUCUGGCUGACCUCAGAAAGUACUGUUAGUUAUUUAUACCUAUCAAGUUAGAUCUAUUAUUUGUUCAAUUUUUUUCAGCAAUUACAGUAUGUGUGCAAAUGGUUUCAGCUUAAAUGAGAACAUCUAGAAGUAGUUUGCUCCAUGAGAUGAGAUGUUGUAAUAAAAUCCACCUUUUAUAGACUCA